GCGUGGGUGAACCGGUAAUCACCGUUAUUAAUAGAAUCCAAUCAUGGUUUAGCCGGUAACAAAAGUUCUCAUUUCUGUCGUCGCCAAGGCCAUCUGACGGCGUUCCUCGCUUUCGUCGGAGUUGUGGGCCGUACAUAUCACCACCGGAUGAUCAAGGUAAGGUAAGGUAAGGUAAGGUAAGAGAGAGAGAGAGAGGCGGGGCUUUCGUUUGUUGUCCUUUGCCACCGAGGAAGGUCAUUUGAGUUUUCUCCGUCUCCCAGUUAUUAUUUCUCGACCCCUUCGAGAAAAGAAAGAGGAAAUAGAGAGAGGAAGAAAACCUAAGUUUUCUCUUUUUGAUCUUUGUCGUUUCUUUCAAUCUCUCAAAUACUAUUAUUCUGUUCUCGUUGAAUCGGCGAUCCGAGAGGCUCUGAUUGCCCUUCUUAUCGGAGUGAAUCGGAAUUUUGCUCUGAUUCAAUAUGUUGAUGGGGAUUCUUCGAAGAAAUGCUAAUCCGGCGGAACGAUAGCUCCGAUCUUGUAGUUGAGGAUAGUAUCGAAGGCGAGAAGCGAUGGAUGUUGAUUCGUCUAUGGCGUCUGAGACCGAUCAAGGUCCUGGACAGAACCCCGAAUCACCGGUGGGCGGAGCGAUCUCGUCUAUGGACAAACACGGAGAGCUGUCGCUCGAUGCAGCAGAGCAAUCGGCCGCUUCAGUGUCUCCACAAUCACAGACACAACCGCAAUCGCCUCAGGUGCAGCAACAGCAGCAGUCGACACAGCUACAGCCGCAACAGCCUCAGGUGCAGGCAGCUUCGGUAGCAGGACCGAGGCCUGCUCCAACUUAUGCGGUCGUUAAUGCGGUAAUUGAGAAGAAAGAGGAUGGGCCGGGGUCUAGGUGUGGUCACACGUUGACCGCGGUUGCUGCAGUUGGGGAGGAAGGAACGUCUGGUUACAUCGGGCCUCGGCUUAUUCUGUUUGGUGGUGCCACUGCUCUUGAAGGCAAUCCUGCGGCGUCUGGACCUCCUUCGUCUGCGGGAAGUGCUGGCAUCCGUCUAGCUGGUGCCACUGCGGACGUGCACUGCUAUGAUGUAUUGUCAAAUAAAUGGUCCCGGCUUACACCUCUUGGAGAACAACCAUCACCAAGAGCAGCACAUGUGGCGACUGCCGUCGGUACUAUGGUGGUUAUUCAGGGGGGAAUUGGUCCAGCUGGUCUGUCUGCAGAGGAUCUCCAUGUUUUGGACCUUACACAACAACGACCUCGAUGGCACAGGGUGGUUGUCCAAGGUCCUGGCCCAGGCCCACGUUAUGGACAUGUAAUGGCUCUUGUUGGGCAAAGAUUCCUCCUAGCAAUUGGUGGAAAUGAUGGAAAGCGACCUUUAGCUGAUGUUUGGGCCCUGGACACAGCUGCUAAGCCUUAUGAGUGGCGGAAAUUGGAGCCAGAAGGUGAAGGUCCGCCUCCAUGCAUGUAUGCCACAGCAAGUGCACGUUCUGAUGGUCUUCUUCUGCUUUGUGGGGGGAGAGAUGCAAACAGUGUGCCACUUGCAAGUGCAUAUGGUCUAGCCAAACAUCGGGAUGGUCGUUGGGAAUGGGCAAUUGCUCCUGGUGUCUCACCAUCUCCUAGAUAUCAACAUGCCGCUGUUUUUGUUAAUGCACGGCUUCAUGUAUCUGGAGGGGCCCUUGGCGGUGGUCGUAUGGUGGAAGAUUCCUCAAGUGUGGCAGUUUUGGAUACUGCUGCGGGAGUUUGGUGUGAUACAAAGGGUGUUGUUACAAGUCCCAGGACAGGCAGAUAUAGUGCUGAUGCAGCUGGUGGAGACGCUGCAGUUGAAUUGACAAGGCGUUGUAGGCAUGCUGCUGCUGCUAUUGGUGACUUGAUCUUCAUUUAUGGUGGUCUACGUGGUGGAGUUUUGCUAGAUGAUCUGCUUGUUGCUGAGGAUCUUGCUGCUGCUGAAACCACCAGUGCAGCUUCAGCAGCAGCUGCUGCUGCUGCAAACAUACAAGCAGGGAGGUUAGCCGGUAGGUAUGGAUUUGCUGAUGAAAGAACAAGGCAAACAAUGCCUGAAGCAGUUCCUGAUGGUGCUGUUGUGUUGGGUAAUCCUGUUGCUCCUCCUAUAAAUGGAGAUAUGUAUACAGAUAUAAGCACUGAAAAUGCAAUGCUUCAGGGAUCUAGCAGGAGACUGACCAAAGGUGUUGAGUACUUGGUUGAAGCCUCAGCAGCAGAGGCUGAAGCUAUUAGUGCUGCCCUAGCUGCUGCCAAAGCUCGACAAGUUAACGGAGACAUUGAGCCAAUGCCAGAUAGGGAUCGAGGAGCAGAGGCUACUCCGAGUGAGAAACAGAACUCCACCCUGAUUAAGAUGACCGAUUCUAAUUUGUCAAAUAAUGUGCCUCCGGCUGGAGUUCGAUUGCACCACAGAGCUGUGGUUGUUGCUGCAGAGACGGGAGGAGCUCUAGGUGGUAUGGUCAGGCAGCUUUCGAUAGAUCAGUUUGAAAAUGAAGGCAGACGGGUUAGCUAUGGCACUCCAGAGAAUGCAACUGCAGCUAGGAAACUAUUAGAUCGGCAAAUGUCUAUCAAUAGCGUGCCUAAGAAGAUUUGGAUAGAUACCGAGUCAACCUGAGGAGAAUCGAAUUCUGUCCAUUCUAUCAUAUCGACCAGCUGAGUUGAGGGGGGGGAGGGUUAUUCCCAGAAUUGGAAGGAUAUUGACCAGAUUUAAUAGGGGAUAUUGGAUAUCGAUCUUGCUUAAAUUUCCAGAUCUUUUGUGGGUCCCAUGGCCAGCUAACGUGGAGAUCAACUUGAAGAUUUAAUUGCCAGUGUGUGGAGGUGGAUUUGACAACUUUGUUUAGUCCUAGAUUUUAGGAAAGAGUUAUUACUUGUGUAGGGGUUUUAUUAGCUUAAGGUUAGUUUCUAUUUUAAAUUAGAUUUUUUAUGUAAUUAGGAAUUUUCUUGUAACCAAUUAGGAUUGGAUUUGUUUGGAAUGUUUCUAGAAGAUUUAGGAUGUAAUUGGUUUUAUAAAUAAAGGCAACAUGCUGGACAGAAUAGCU